AUGUUUGGAAUGGUCUCUGGUGGCCUGCUGCGGCAGGCAUGUGUGAUUGGCGGAGCUUACUUGGCUUUCUUGACAUUUCUAGGCUUUGUGUGGUGGGUGGCCUGGAGACUUUCACUUUCCAAGGUGCCCUUGCUCCGGGAGUGCAUCGGCGGCGAAGCCAAGAGGUGA